ACAUGUUUGACCUAUAUUGCUAUUCUAAAACAGAAACUAUUGAUACGACUUAAGUUAAAAACUUAAAAGUGUUUCACGGGAAUAUUAAUAAUUCAAUACUAAGUGUACGUUGAACAAAAGAUCAAGACGCUUUAUUGACGUUGUUGUCAGGAAUGAAGAGGAGCAAACACCGAGUACAGCGUGAGGACUCGUCCAUGUUCUACAGUGACUCUGUUGACAGCUGGGAGGAACUAGAUAGCAGACCUCCUGGGGGCGGUGACCCCGCCCAGCCAGCAUUUGUUGCAAACACGGACCACUUCGAAACCCUCGAGGAGGUCAGCAAGGCCAUAAAAGAUGCCGGCGUGGACAAAUGUGGACUCAUAUUUGGAAUAGACUAUACGUUGAGCAACAAGGUCCAAGGUGAACGGACAUUUGGGGGGCGGAACUUGCACGCCGUGGAGAGCGGGCGGGUAAACCCAUACCAGGAAGUUAUCUGCAUCAUGGGUGAGACCCUGGAGCCCCUGGAUGAUGACGGGAUUAUUCCGGUGUACGGCUUCGGAGACAGGGUCGUCAAGGAUAUCGGCAUAUUUCCCUUGAAGAAGGAGGGUGAGUGUGACGGUUUCGCGGAGGUUCUUGAUGUGUAUGACGAGAUCGCGCCGGAUAUAAAGCUGGGAGGCCCGACAAAUUUUGCGCCACUCAUCCAGGAGGCCGUAGCCAUCGUGAGACGAACUAAACAGUACCACAUUCUUGUGAUCGUGGCGGACGGGCAGGUAACGAGCGAGGAGGAGACGAUAGCGGCUAUAGUGGCGGCAUCCGAGUACCCACUAUCCAUCGUAGUGAUAGGUGUCGGCGACGGGCCAUGGGAGGUCAUGCGUGACUUCGACGAACAACUUCCAGCACGUAGGUUUGACAACUUUAACUUUGUGGAUUUCCACACGGUAAAAACAGAAGCUCGGAACCCUCAAGCAGCGGUAGCGGUUGCGGCUCUCAAGGAGAUCCCAGAACAGUAUCGCGCUAUAAAGGAACACGGGCUACUGGAUCAGUUACAUGGCAGGCGGAAAUAAGGCUGAAUAAGUACCGUAUUAUAAUGGAACAUGUUUGUGGACUAGCAACGAGCAGGAGGUAAAACUACGGUUAAACAUAGCAACACUAGCGAUUAUUUUUACCGUAAACGGGCAUCACCGUAAUAUAUGCAAUAGAAAUUACUAAAUAACUAAAUGUUAUUACUAAAUGGGAUUCCGAAAGACAAUCUUGAGAAUCUCGAAAUACGUUGGGAUGUUUUAUGAAGGGGAUAAAAGAAUACAAUGCGAACUAUCAAGUGCUCGAGCUACUGAGUGCUCGUACUAAUGAGUGCUCGUACCACUGAGUGCUCGAACUACUGAGUACUAGUACUAUUGAGUGCUCGUACCACUGAGUGCUCGAACCACUGAGUGCUAGUACUAUUGAGUGCUCGAGCUACUGAGUACUAGUACUAUUGAGUGCUCGUACCACUGAGUGCUCGAGCUACUGAGUACUAGUACUAUUGAGUGCUCGUACCACUGAGUGCUCGAACUACUGAGUACUAGUACUAUUGAGUGCUCGUACCACUGAGUGCUCGAACUACUGAGUACUAGUACUAUUGAGUGCUCGUACCACUGAGUGCUCUAACUACUGAGUACUAGUACUAUUGAGUGCUCGAACUACUGAGUACUAGUACUAUUGAGUGCUCGUACCACUGAGUGCUCUAACUACUGAGUACUAGUACUAUUGAGUGCUCGAACUACUGAGUACUAGUACUAUUGAGUGCUCGUUCCACUGAGUGCUCGAACUACUGAGUACUAGUACUAUUGAGUGCUCGUACCACUGAAUGCUCGAACCACUGAGUACUAGUACUAUUGAGUGCUCGUACCACUGAGUGCUCGAACUACUGAGUACUAGUACUAUUGAGUGCUCGAACUACUGAGUACUAGUACUAUUGAGUGCUCGUACUACUGAGUGCUCGAACUACUGAGUACUAGUACUAUUGAGCGCUCGUACUACUGAGUGCUCAAACUACUGAGUACUAGUACUAUUGAGUGCUCGUACCACUGAGUGCUCGAACUACUGAGUACUAGUACUAUUGAGUGCUCGUACCACUGAGUGCUCAAACUACUGAGUACUAGUACUAUUGAGUGCUCGUACUACUGAGUGCUCAAACUACUGAGUACUAGUACUAUUGAGUGCUCGUACUACUGAAUACUCAUACUAUUGAGUGCUCGUUUUACUGAGUACUCGUACUAUUGAGUGCUCGUACUACUGAGUACUCGAACUACUAAGUGCUCGUACUACUGAGUACUCGUACUAUUGAGUGCUCGUACUACUGAGUACUAGUACUAUUGAGUGCUCGUACUACUGAGUACUAGUACUAUUGAGUACUCGUUUUACUGAGUACUCGUACUAUUGAGUGCUCGUUUUACUGAGUGCUCAUACUAUUGAGUGCUCGAACUACUAAGUGCUCGUACUACUGAGUACUAGUACUAUUGAGUGCUCGUACUACUGAGUAUUCGAACUACUAAGUGCUCGUACUACUGAGUACUAGUACUAUUGAGUGCUCGUACUACUGAGUACUAGUACUAUUGAGUGCUCGUUUUACUGAGUGCUCAUACUUCUGAGUGCUCGUUCUACUGAGUGCUCGUUUUACUGAGUGCUCGUACUUCUGAGUGCUCUAACUACUGAGUGCUCAUACUACUGAGUGUUCGAACUUCUGAGUGCUCUUACUACUGAGUGCUCUAACUACUGAAUUCUUGUACUACUUAGUGCUCUUACUACUGAGUGCUCGUACUACUGAGUGCUCUUACUACUGAGUGCUCUAACUACUGAAUUCUUGUACUACUGAGUGCUCGUACUUCUGAGUGCUCGUACUUCUGAGUGCUCUAACUACUGAAUUCUUGUACUACUGAGUGCUCGUACUUCUGAGUGCUCUUACUACUGAGUGCUCUAACUACUGAAUUCUUGUACUACUGAGUGCUCGUACUUCUGAGUGCUCGAAUUACUGAGUGCUCUAACUACUGAAUUCUUGUACUACUGAGUGCUCGUACUUCUGAGUGCUCUAACUACUGAAUUCUUGUACUACUGAGUGCUCGUACUUCUGAGUGCUCUUACUACUGAGUGCUCUUACUACUGAGUGCUCUUACUACUGAGUGCUCUAAGUACUGAAUUCUUGUACUACUGAGUGCUCGUACUUCUGAGUGCUCGAACUACUGAGUGCUCGUACUACUGAGAGCUCGAACAAUGGAGUUCACUCAAAACACCAGGUUCUCGAACUACUCAGUGCUCGAACUGCUGAGUACCCGUACUACCGAGUGAUCGAUCUAUGAAGUGCCCGAACUACUGUAUGCUCGAUUUACUGAGUACCGCUGUGUGCUUGUGAGAGUUCUGUAAAGUGAGUAGAACUCUCGCCAUAUAUCGUAUGUGUUCCAAUUUUUAUGCCUAGUUUAAUGCGUUCUGACUAUAGAGUAUAAGCGACCUGAUCAAAAAGCUCCUGGUAUCGUACGCUGGUGGUACUUGUUACCAGUUUUUUUGGCUGGAUAAGAUUGGAUUUGACCAAGAUUUUCGACCAAUCAAGCGUUGUUAAUAAAACACGGUGUUUAAACUCUCUGAAAAAUUAAAUGUUAUAAUUGGUAUAUUGUUAUGGGAUAAGGCACGAAAUGGGUGGGUUUUGAAAAAUAACGUUUAACCAAGUUUCAUAAACCAUAUUUAAUAAAUGACAGUUGUAUGUUUUGCUGAGUUUCAUGUGUAAUCUUUUAAUAGUGCAUGGAACAUUUUUGUCAAAUGCAUUAUUUUGCUCGAUUGCCAUUGAAAUGUAUUAUGUCCUUUCAUGUAUUUGCUAGAAUUUCACGGCCGUAGAUCAAACAACUCUCGAGGUGACCCGGGUUUGAUGCCCGGUCUGUAUAGAGGCCAUUCGUUGCCAAAAGUUCAGACGUGUAUGUGUGUAUUUUAGGUUUGUAACAUUGAUGAUUUACCAAUUUACAUUUUACAACCGCCAACUCAUCGGUUGUAUGUUUACAUUUUACCCUGCACAUUUUCAUUUUUCAUUGUACCGAUUGGAGUUUUAUUCUCGUUGCAUCAAUUCAACAGACGAUUAAGUCGUGUUUAUAAAGUUGUGUAUGGUAAACACACCUCAUUCUGAGAAAGUCACAUGCCGAGUUUUACAUUGCGGUGUGUAGAAGACAGAUUUCAGUUCGUAGUUCUACAAAGUACAUUGUAUGGUGGUGACUUUUCAUUCGCAGUUGAACAUGUUUACGAGAUGAAUUUAAUUUAGUUUAUAGAUAGCUCCGCCUUAACCAUGUCUUAACUCCUCCUUACGUCUUUCGGAAAUUUCCGCUAUCACUCGGCUCUAUUUAAACCAAUUAUGGUUACUUUGGACCAUGGACAUUGCGAACCUUAUUAUGGACAUUACGAAUUAUCUAUAUUAUGACACUAUGGACUAUGAUUUGGAAACAGGAUGGAUUAUAAAUUAUUUCAUGUCGAAUAAAAUAAUAUAUGAUA